GUCCCGAGGGCAGUCACAGUGAGCUGAGUACAGGCUGAGAGCAUUCUCCUAACAUGGCCGGAAAAAGGGAACUUUUGAUGUUGGAGAACUUUAUAGGUGGAAAAUUUUUACCCUGUAACUCGUAUAUAGAUUCUUAUGAUCCGUCGACAGGGGAAGUGUACUGCAAAGUACCAAACAGUGGGAAAGAGGAGAUCGAAGUUGCUGUGCAGGCUGCCAGAGAGGCCUUCCCGGCCUGGUCAUCCCGGAGUCCCCAGGAACGUUCUCUCAUCCUGAACAGGGUGGCCGAUGUGCUGGAGCAGUCCCUGGAGGAGUUAGCCCAGGCAGAAUCUAAAGACCAAGGGAAAACCCUCACGCUGGCAAGGACCAUGGACAUUCCUCGGUCUGUCCUGAACUUCCGGUUCUUCGCUUCCUCCAUCCAGCACCACGUAUCGGAUUGCACAGAGAUGAGCCACCUGGGCUGUAUGCACUACACCGUUCGCACCCCCGUGGGAAUUGCUGGUUUGAUCAGCCCUUGGAAUUUACCGCUCUACCUGUUGACCUGGAAAAUAGCUCCGGCCAUCGCUGCUGGGAAUACCGUGAUAGCCAAGCCCAGCGAGCUGACUUCUGUGACUGCUUGGAUGUUUUGUAAACUUCUAGAUAAAGCAGGUGUCCCACCAGGUGUGAUCAAUGUUGUGUUCGGAACAGGGCCGAGGGUUGGUGAGGCCCUCGUGUCCCACCCAGAGGUCCCCGUGAUCUCCUUCACGGGGAGCCAGCCCACAGCGGAACGGAUUACCCAGCUAAGUGCCCCCCACUGCAAGAAGCUCUCCCUGGAGCUAGGAGGCAAGAACCCUGCCAUCAUUUUUGAGGAUGCCAACCUGGAGGAGUGCAUCCCAGCAACCGUGAGAUCCAGCUUCGCCAACCAGGGGGAGAUCUGCCUUUGUACCAGCAGGAUCUUUGUCCAGAGGAGCAUCUAUAAUGAAUUUCUGAAGAGGUUUGUGGAAGCUACCAGAAAGUGGAAAGUCGGUAUUCCUUCCGAUCCAUCAGCCAACAUGGGUGCUUUAAUAAGUAAAGCACAUUUGGAGAAAGUCAGAAGUUAUGUAACAAAAGCUCAUGCUGAGGGUGCCAAGAUUCUGUGUGGUGAGGGCGUGGACCAGCUGAGCCUUCCACUCAGGAACCAGGCAGGCUACUUCAUGCUUCCCACAGUGAUAACGGACAUUAAGGAUGAGUCCUGCUGCAUGACAGAAGAGAUCUUUGGCCCCGUGACGUGCGUCGUCCCUUUCGAUAGCGAAGAGGAAGUGAUUGCAAGAGCUAACGGCGUUAAGUAUGGGCUGGGGGCCACAGUGUGGUCAAAGGAUGUGGGGCGCAUCCACAGGGUAGCUAAGAGGCUUCAGUCAGGGCUCGUCUGGACCAACUGCUGGCUCAUCAGGGAGCUGAACCUGCCCUUCGGAGGGAUGAAAAGCUCUGGCAUAGGAAGAGAGGGGGCCAAGGACUCAUAUGAUUUCUUUACUGAGAUAAAAACCAUCACCAUUAAAUACUGACCUUCCCCCGGGCACGUCAGUCGUCAGCCGCGGCAGAGAAUCACUAGUCAGAGCAGUCAACAGAAACCCUUCUAUGUUCAGUCACGUCAUGACCUGCCAGGAGACUGGCUCUCGCUCACCUUGGCUAGUUGGUGUUCUUACCAGCUUGUGAUAAAAAAGGCAGUUUUUAUGAAUUCUUGAAAAUCUGCCAAAAUAGGGUAUUUUUAUUUGCAAAUAAAUGGCAAAACCAAAA